AAAACAAGAAGGAAAUUUAAGUAUUAUGAAGUAAACCUGCGCCGCUGUCAGAAUUUCAUUUGUUGUAAGAGUAUUUAUUACACAACCGAGAUGAAAAAUAUCACAUGACAAGUUUAACACCCGUACAUUUGAAAUAUAGGAAAUAAUUACGAACUAGCUAAUUAGAAUUGACUAAAUAACGGGGAGUUCGGGAAGGCAGCACGGCCAGUGACAGAGGGACAGCUGUCAGCGCAUAUUUUUAGCUAACCAACACAAAAUUUGCGAUGGAUUCACAGCCCCCGCUGAAACCGUGGGAAAGGCGAAUCCCGGGCGCUAUGAGUGCACCUAUAAACUACAGAUCGACAGACUUUGGACCAAUUACUGGCUCCUCCACUCCCGCUGGCCCUCCAGUUCUGACCAGGAUGGCUCCUCCAGUGCCUCCUCGCCAGCUCCAGCAAUCGUACCGUCCAUCCUAUUCCUCUUUCACCUCCUCUUACAGCCCCUAUGGAAGCUCCAUCUAUGGUGGCUACAGCCCCUACAGCUAUGGCGGCGGUUACGGCGGCGGAUUCGGUGGUGGCUACGGUCUUGGAGGGUACAGUCGGUUGCCCCACACAGAAGAAAUCGCCCCCAGCCGGUUCGUGCAGCAGGCAGAGGAGAGCAGCCGCGGGGCCUUCCAGUCCAUUGAAAGCAUCGUCCAGGCUUUUGCUUCUGUUAGCAUGAUGCUGGACGCCACCUUCUCUGCUGUGUACAACAGUUUCCGCGCCGUCCUGGACGUAGCCAAUCACCUAACAAGGCUGCGUGCUCACCUCACUAGAGUUUUGUCAGCCUUUGCUCUGGUGCGCACGCUGAGGUAUCUCUACCAGCGUUUGCAGCGGCUGCUGGGGAGAAGGUCGGAUGUUGAAGACUUGUGGGCUGACAGCACGGGUGAUGCCGUGGCGGCAGGUUCUUCCAGAGGUUAUGGAGCAGGAAUGGAUGAUCAAAGCGUGAAGUCCUGGCCAAUUUUCCUCUUUUUUGCUGUAGUUCUGGGUGGACCUUACCUCAUCUGGAAGCUGCUUAGCUCCAGCCCCGGUUCUGACGAAAAUAGUACAAAUUGGGCCAGUGGAGAGGACGAUCAUGUCGUGGCUCGAGCUGAGUAUGAUUUUUCUGCUGCUUCUGAAGAAGAAAUUUCUUUGCGGGCUGGAGACAUGCUGAACCUGGCCCCUAAAGAGCAGCAGCCGCGGGUGCGUGGCUGGCUGCUGGCCAGCGUGGAUGGCCAGGCAAUUGGAUUAGUCCCAGCUAACUACGUGAAGGUCCUUGGCAAGAGGAGAGGCCGUAAGCAUGCGGAGAUGGAACGGCUCGCCCAGGUGCAGCAGGAGAACCAACAGGCCACCCAAACACCAGCGGCUGCGCAGACGCAGUCCACAGCAGCGCUGGGUUUCACCUCAGAUCCCUCCACAGCCUCCAUGCCUGCCUCGGCAGACCACCUGCUGGAAUCGGCGUACAGAGAGAUCCCAGCUGGCUUCAGCAUGGGAACAUCCAGCUCUGACACUGUGUUGAAUGUCCCUGAAAAGACAGACCUGUGAUGACUGCGUGUGCAUGUGUUGCAUUCACAUCAUGUCUCGGUUAUCUGAAGUUUAUAACUUCACUAAUGAUCACCUCAUAGAGAAUUCUUCUGUAGGUCCUUGAUUUCAGUCAUCAGUGCAGUUUUUAUUAUAAAGUAAAAUGGUUCAAACAGAA